AUGCCCGACUCCGACGAUAUGCUGCCGCCGCCGGCGAGCCCUUUCCUCCACGACCGCACCUACGGCGGCAAUAAUGCCUUUCACAACUUUUGGAAUGAUUACUCUCACAUCACUGACCCCAACCUGCGACGCCGCCUCGCCUUGUCCGAGAUUGACAAGGUUCCAUUUGGCCUAUACCAUGUCCGCGCCGUAUUAGUCGCAGGCGUGGGUUUCUUCCUCGACUCAUAUGACAUCUUCGCCAUCAACCUCGUCACAUCCCUGCUUGGUGUCGUCUUCUGGGGAGACAAGGACCCCCGAAACGGUUUUGGCGGCAACGAUGGCUACUUGCCCGAUCCUGUCAACCAGGCAUUCAAGGCCUCAACCAGUGCUGGAAUUGUCAUUGGCAUGGUGGCAUUUGGAUGGCUCGCUGACGCGUUUGGACGCCGUCGUAUGUACGGUGUCGAGCUCGGCAUAAUCAUCCUAGCAACACUAAGCUGCGCACUCGUCUCGUCAAGUCCGUCUAUGGGCUCAACUGGCCUGCUAAUAUUCUGGCGCGUCAUGAUGGGCAUCGGUAUUGGCGGCGAUUACCCGCUAUCUUCAGUAAUUACAGCAGAGUUUGCUCCCACGAGGUGGCGCGGCGCCAUGGUGGCGGCCGUUUUCUCUAUGCAAGGUUUCGGACAGCUCGGUGCAGCCAUCGUUGCCCUCAUCACCAACCUCGCCUUUAAGCAGGCAUUCGUCGACAUCCCCAACGAGGGCGAGUGUGGUUUCGAAUGCCGCCUGGCCGCCGAUCGAUCUUGGCGUAUCAUCAUCGGAGUUGGCGCUAUCCCGGCCUGCUUAGCUCUCUAUUACCGAAUCACCAUUCCCGAGACGCCCCGGUAUACCUUUGACAUCCAGCACGACGUUGAAAAGGCCGACGCCGAUAUCAAGGCAUACGUGUCGAGCAGGUCCAAGGGGCAGUUUGACGUGGGCCAACAGGAACGGCGUAGGACUAUCGCCGGGCGGGCACUCAACAUCCCCCAUGCCUCGUGGAGCGAUCUCAUAUCCUUCUUCCGCCAGUGGGCCAACUUUAAGAUGCUCCUGGGAACCACUCUUUCCUGGUUCUUUCUUGAUCUCGCUUUUUAUGGCCUGGGGUUGAAUAAUACCAUCGUUCUCCAGGCGGUAGGCUAUGGCAGUGGCAAUUCGAUGUACGAAAAGCUUCAUAACCAGGCUGUGGGCAUGAUUAUCUUGACAUGUGCUGGCUCGAUUCCGGGCUACUGGUUUGCCGUAUUCACCAUCGACACGGUCGGCCGCAAGCCUCUCCAGGUGAUUGGCUUUUCUCUUCUAACUAUCCUCUUUUGCAUUCUGGGUUUUGCAUACAAGAAGCUCAGCGAAGGCGCUUUGCUAGCCCUCUACAUUAUCGGCCAGUUCCUUUUCAAUGCCGGCCCAAACACAACCACCUUUAUUGUCCCGGGAGAAUGCUUCCCUACACGAUACCGCUCAACCGGACACGGAAUAUCUGCUGCCAUGGGUAAGAUUGGAGCAAUCAUCGCCCAGGUUAUCAGUAUUCCCUUGAUACGCAAAGGUGCCACUGAAGGCUGCAAGGGUACCGAGUGCUCUCCAAACCUACACCGGCUGCUUCAACUCUUUGCGCUCUUCAUGCUCUUUGGCACCUUGGUCUCCUUGCUCAUCCCGGAGACUAAGGGGAUGACUCUCGAGGAACUUUCCGGUGAACCUCGCACCAGCUACAAUGCGGGCUGCAACGGCAGCAUCAGCCUCGGAUCCCCCAAGAUGCGAAAGUGGAACCCGUUCCGCGGCGGCCAACCUGCUGGGUUCUCUUAUCCCCGAUCGAGGGUGGGCAACUUUUCCAAGAGGAAGAUGGAUCGCGUUGGCAUCAUGACAUCCCCCGAACUCGUCGCGGAGAACUCUCGCCUGCGGAAAACACGCCUCUGGCGGAAGCACCACAAAGUGAAGACGAGCAGCGAAGGGACCAAUGAGAUUGCGCUUAGCACGCGCAGCUCAGCAACCGCCGACGACGACAUCUUCCCAGCAGGUGCCCCGAUGUCGAUGAACCACGCCACUCCUCAACCGCCGCCGAGUUGGGGUGCAGGAUGGGGUAGAGUCGACCGGGGAGGACCUCCGCCUCUGCUUAAUGCGGUUCAGCUGCAGGACGUAGGCAUGCUCUUGUCCAAGUAG